CGCAUUGACGUUUCUUUGUCGGUCGAGAUCGGGCCUUGCUGGAGCAUCACUGCCGGUUUCGAAGGUGAUUCGGAUUUAGAAUAUUUGUCCUCGAAUGUUGCUGAAGCAUUGGCCAAAAUGGUUCUCAACAAAUCUUCUAUUUUGCUUAUUCGGCCUACUUUUGCCGAGACAAGUAGACUUGUCAGGGGCCAGUGCGACCUGCUUCUUUACUCUGCCUUCCGCCUACACUUUGAGACCUUGUUGGAAUUGCUCCCGGACAGCAUUUCAAGUGGCCUUUCCACUACAUCCGCAACAUUUGACCACGGGAACUCUACUUCCAGACGCUACUGCCAGCACUGA